CGGGGCCGCAGGCGGCGCCUCGGCGCCAACGUUCGGAGCUGCUGGCCCCGCCACCGCGCCGAUGUUUGGAGCCGCUGGCGCCGCCGCUGCGCCGACGUUUGGGGCCGGCGCCGCGACUGCGCCCACGUUCGGAGCUGCUGGCGCCGCCGAGCAGGAGCCCGCUGCGAAGCAGCCGCGGGUUGAAGCAGCCGCGAGCUCCUCCUCAUCGUCAUCCAUGCCGGUUGCUGAACGCAGCGACCGCAGCGAGAUUCAGGAGCGCUUGCGCAGCCUCAGGCAGUGGCAUGCCGAUGGGCUUGUGACCGACGCGGUGCUGGAGGAGAAGCAGCGCGAGAUCCUUCGCGACCUCUGAGAUAUGUCUGCACCAGCGUUUACGUAUCUGUCACGUUGCAAGGUUCCUUCUUGCGAAAUGUGUGUGAUUUCUCGCUCCCUCUGGUCUACGACUCUAUGUGAUAACCUCCUGGGUGAA